AGGUAAAAGUUUACACUUCGCAUUCAUCUGUCUUCGCAUUCUAAAUGAGUUCCAAAGCUUCCAGGGGGAGAAUAUUCAUGAUUUGACAGGAACUUCAGGACAAACGCACAGAAGCAACUGGAGCAUUAUGGAGGUGGAAGGGGCAGGGGCAUCCCCGUUCGAAGGCGAUAUGCCGUCCUCGUUUGCAGCCGAAACCUUUGCCGCCGAGGCCAUGGCGGCAGACAUGGACCCGUGGAUAAAGUUCGACUCCAGAAAAACCCCCAGGUCGGAAUUCGACGACUGGCUGGCGAGCAACAGGCCUUCCCGAGUGAGCAGAUACGGCGAUGAGGAGCACGGCGUUAGCCCAGUGGGCUGGAUCGCCGUGUACGGUCCAAACUACAGCCCCUGCACCGGCGACGUGGACGCUCUCCAGGAGGACUGGGAGAAACUCGUCGCCAGCGAGCGCCCAGUCAACUUCCAGAACAUCAAGGAGCUGGCCUUGAACCACGAUGUCCUGGUGGGAAAGUGGCUCAUGUACCUUGACUCCGGCUUCAAGGUGGACCACGCGUGGGAGUGCGUGGCUAGAGCCACGGUGGACGGAAAGAUCUUCAGUGCUAAAGUCAGCCCAAACGACUAUAAAAGCAGCAGGCACGUCAUCUGCGUUUACAAUAAGAACUUCACCGACGAGAGCCAAGUGGUCCAACUGGACGCUCAUAUCCGAGCCUCGGGGGUCAAAUGCCAGCUGUCCUACAAGCCGGACGUGUACACGUACCUGGGAAUCUAUCGGAACAACCGCUGGAAGCUUUGUCCCACAAUUUACGAGAGUAAAUUCAACCUGGAGUGUGUUCCUAGGCGCUCUCACAUUGUCAACAAAGUCACCAAUCUAGAUGUCACAUCCUGUAAGCCUGACCACUAAGGCCGUAAAUGUUGUGGGUUGAAAAAAAAUCCAGUUCUGUUGAUGUUAAAGCCUAUUUUUCUUGAAGAACUACUACAUUUUACGUAGUAGCAUAGCAUAGGUUGCUCACAAAAUGGGUUGUUAAAUGCCAAACUGCAAAUUUGACCGUCAACUGUUCACAUUGCCGUUUACGUUGGUGGGAAACCUCUUAGUUUUCUGUUUUGAUAAAGGUUUUGUGUAUUUUCAUAUGCAAGAGUUGCCAAAUAAAAGUUAAGAUUCUGGCUUGGGUUUUGUGAUU